GCCGGUUUCGCGGUUUCUUGCAGCCUAUAAAUCCGGCCGGAGCGCCCAGCUCUGCCCCAUCCCAUCUCACACACCACUACUCAUCUUGCCUCACACACUUCACUACUCUGCUCGCAAGUUCACUUCCUUGGGUUCUCGUACCACCAACCUCCCUCGCCAAGAUGUGGACGGUGACCCGCGCCUACCUCGACCAGAGGCUCGCCGCCGCCAAGCGCUGCUCCAGAGAGGCCGCCAUGGCCGGAGCCAAGGCCGCGGCCGUCGCCACCGUCGCUGCCGCAGUCCCCACACUGGCGAGCGUGAGGAUGCUGCCGUGGGCGAGGGCGCACCUGAACCCGACCGGGCAGGCCCUCAUCAUCUCCACCGUCGCCGGGAUGGCCUACUUCAUCGUCGCCGACAAGACCAUCCUCUCCAUGGCCAGGAAGCACUCCUUCGACGACGCGCCGGACCACCUCAAGAACACAUCCUUCCACUAAUAAUUCGACUAUAAUAGAUCCAUUAGUAGUGGGUAAUAAUCUGCACGCCGGCCUGGAAGUGUCUGCUGAAAGAUAGUACUGUAAUGUUCAGGCAGCACUUAUCUGAGAUCAGGCGAGGCUUGCAGACAGCCAGUGGCGUAGUACUGCGCUUCUCUGCGCGCAAGAACUUAUCUGAUGAAGUGAUCAUGUAUCCACCCAUUAAUCUUGAAUUAAUAGUAAUAACUUGCGUUUGUACAA